AUGUUACAAUCUCCACCUACUUCCCCACAGGAAAAAACCAACAAAUCAUCCAAUUCUGAUAUUAUUGAUGAUGAAGAUUUUGAACAACAUUCGAGUUUAACAACAAACUCUAAUUGGUCCUACUUUUCCAAUGAAAGUAAUAGUAAUUCUAAUAUUCCCAGUGGUGUUGUUGGUGCUUCUACUACUCAUCAUCAUACAAAAGUAGGCUUUGAUGAGGAUAUUGAUGAUUUACAUACGAAUACUUCGACUGGAUCGAUUACUUCACCAUUUUCUUCAUCGCUGAAGGAUUUUCCAUCAUCAGCCUCUUCCAUGCAUCAUAAUACAACAACAACAACAAUAUUAAAUAGUAAUAGUAAUAAUAGUAAUAAUAAUAAUAAUAUAAAUAGUGAUAAUAUGAAUAAUGAUGAUGAUGAUGAUAAUAGUGGUAAUAAUGGUCGUUCGAGAGGAAAUUCCAAAUUAUCUAUAUAUACCGAUAAUUUAAAUAUUAAAACUGUAAAAACUGUAUCACCAUCACCUUCUAUUCAAACUCAGCAACAACAACAAGAUUGGUUCUUUAUUGAGAAUGUAGAUUUUCCUGUUGGAACACAAUUAAAUUAUGAUGAAGGAAAUACACUUGAUUAUAAAUUGACAAUCUUUUCGGAUUAUAUCAAUUUCAAGACGACCAAUAAGGAGGAAUCACAAAAACUUGAAAAGGAGCUCAUUGCAGAAAAUAUUGGUUCAUUGGAGAAAACACCAGUGAGUGAGCAUUCACAUGUUCAAUUUGUAAUUUCACCAACAACCACUGCAACUUCUACUAGUUCAACAAAUUCAGAAUCAGGUGUUAUAGAUUAUGCUAAAUUAGGAGAAAGAAUGACUGAGUAUUUGAUUGCUUAUUUAAACUCUAAUGGAGGUGCUUUGAUUUUUGGUGUUCGAGAUGAUGGUGUUGUCAUGGGAAUGAAACUCUCUGAAAAACAAAGAGACAAGAUUAGACUCAUGUUUGACAAUUGUAUCAGAAAUUUCCAAAUUACACCAGCUCCAAGAGUUGCUAUCCAUUAUCGAUUGGAAUUCAAAAAAACAACCAAUGUACCUAGUUUGUGGAUUAUGAUUUUGGAAGUUAAGAAAUCAGACUUUUUCCACUAUGCUCACAUUAGAAGUCAUUUGAAAAGUUGGGAAAGAUUGUCUGCUUCCAACUUUUGCCUUUGUGACAGACCUCAAAGAUUCGUAGAGAGAUUGAGAGAAUUGAGAAGUACACAAGAGUAUCAAAAUGCAGUGAUUCAAAUACCAACCAUGUCUAGGAGAAAUUCAAUUUCCUCUAACAAUUUGCAGCAACAAGCAACAGCCAAUAAGACUGGCAAUACAAGCCCUAAGAGAAUGAUUGAUGGAUAUUUUACAUUGGUCUUUUCAGAUACUCAAUUAACUGUAUGCGAAACAGUUUUGGCACGUGCUGGAUUUGAUAAGAGAAUUUAUAGAUUGGAAUCUUAUUGUGGAAUGGAUGAACAGGGUAGAUUUUUGGUGGAUAGACCAUCAAAAUUCUUCAAAUUAAUUUAUCAAUUCUUACAAAUUGGAUACGUGAGCGUGAAAAUGUAUGAUUGGGCUGUUUUCAAAUUGGAAGCAGAAUAUUAUGGACUUGCUGAACUAUUGGAUGGCGACCAAACCACAACAGAGAAGUAUGACACUUUCGUAAUUCUCAAAAUGGUGAAGGGAACCCACAUCCACACCUCCAUUUCACAAGCAUCACUUUCCAACAAGAUUGGCACUCCACUCCUCUCCAACACACUCAAUGUAAGCAACAACGCUUUGAGUUUUACACAUCAGUUUGUGGUGGUGGUGGCGAACGGAGAGGAGAUUGCUGCCGAGAUGGGAAAGAUCUAUCAAAUUGAUCAGCAGAAUAGUUUACCUCUGAAUAAUAAUACAAUGGAAUCUGCUACAUUUGUUUACAAUCAACCACUUCCUUCCUUUUAUUUGAUGAAAGUGUUUUAUGAAUAUCCUACUACUACUACCGAUCAUGAUACAAAUUUUACAUUUUCAAUUUCUAAAUUUUCAUAUUUGAGACAUUUCAAAUUUGAUGCAAAUUUCACUGGACAAGAAAAGAUUUUUGUGGAUAUAAUGACAUUGGAUGGAAUUUUCAAUAGGGAUGUGAGUCAAAUGAAUGUAACUAUUAUUGGUAGUGGCGAAGCGGAACAUGUUCUUUCAGUUCAAGGAGAUGAAUAUGGAAAAUUGACAAGAAAUUGCAGGAAAUUGAGUUUUGAAUUGAAUCUUGCAAAGGCAGUUUCAUUGUCUGAAGGUGGAAAUGAAUUUUAUCUGGAUGUUUCACCUAACGAUACUCCAAAACCAAAGGAAAUUUCAUUGAAUGAGUGGAUUGAUGUUUCCUAUCCAUCCAGUUACUCAUUACAAACUGGUAAUCAAUGGAAUAGAGUGAUUACUCUUGCAUUCCCAAAACAACAACCAAUCUGUGAUGGAACAGCAUCUCCUCAAUUUGAGCUGGCUCCUGCAUCAAAUGUUAAUCCAAAAGAUAUUGCUGACACUAGAUAUCAAAAUAGUCAAGAUGAGCUUGUUGUUUUGAGAGCUUACAUGUUUUAUGAUGCUCACUAUUUGGAGAAACUUGAAAGCACAUUCUCAUUCUGGUAUCAAUUUGAUAACAUGAAGGAUAUUAAUGGAAACGAAGUGAAAAUUCAAGCAAAUUCAAUAACUUGUGGAAGUACUAUUGGAAGUGGAUAUCAAUUUGGAACUGUAAUUUCACCAAUUAUUCCAUCAUCUGAUAAUGAUGGACAGAUGGUUUGUGAUAUGUCAAACAAUCUCCUUUUUAACAAUUCUCUCAUUAUUGUUUAUGGUAAUAUCAAAAAGACAAUUCCACCAAAACCAUUCAUUUCAACACUUGCUGAUGGAACCAAAUUAUCUGGAUCUAUUACUUCUGCGAGUCCAGUUUACUUGAUUGCACAAACUCACGAUGACAGUUGCAUUACAUUUGAUGGCACCGUUUCUGGUAGCCCAUUAGCUAUUUAUGCUUUACAACAAAAGUCCAAUAUUAACAAUCCAACCCUUCCAACAAUAUCAAGCUAUACUGAAAAGCAAAUUGCUCAAGUUGGAUCCAAUUCAAUCAAAUUCUGCUCCAGCGAUGCAGUUUCUAAAGAAAUUGGAAGUGAUGUCCAACAAGUGGUAUUCCUCUUUGACACAACCUCAAAUGAUACUAUUUCAACUUACAAAUUCUCCUCUUCUAUUCAACCUUAUUGGAGAGUUCCAGUAAUUAUUGGAGUUUGUUUGGCUGCUGCAUUCGUUCUGGUGGCUGUUUUGCUUACUGCACUUGGAUUCUGGCUCUGUUUAAGAAAGAAGAAGAAAUAUGCCUAUAUUGAUAUUCAAUAGAUCGUCUCGUGGACAUGCUCUACAUAACUAAUAAAUAAUUGUAAACUUUC